AAUGACGUUGAUGAUGCUGAUGUAAUAAAUGCUGCUGACACUGAGUAUCCUGUGCUUAUCAUCAGAGGAAAAUCAUUAUACGACGAGAAUGCAAAAUGUACUGUCGUUAUUGGUAAAAAAGUUUCAAUUACUUCCACGAAUUCUCUGGAAGGAAUCUUGAUAACUUUUCUCGCAUACUACGUUUAUGGAUUUUGCUAUUCACCUAAAAUUGAAAAAUCUCUAGAAUUUAUACAAAGAAUUUUUUUAUAAAUAAAUCCACAAAGAGGAGCAAAAGGGCAUCAAAAGCUCGAUAUAAUAAAUCAUUUGAUGUGGCAGUAUUUAAACUUGCCAAAGAACUUUCGGCUUUUUCUGACCAAUUCAGUUUAACCCAGUGAUAAUUAUGAUGUUCUGCGUAUCUAUAAAAGUAUCUCGAGCUCACUACUACGUCUGGAGGAUGUUUGAGGAAGAAACGACACAAUAUAUGAACGUUUAACAAGAAUAGGAACUCUUUUUAAUAAUCUUUUUAAUACUCAGUACAAUAUAGCACGUG